AUAAUAGGUUUUGAGGAGGGAUCGAUCAAGUGGGAUGACGAAGACACGAAAAACGAUAAUAAGGCCAGCGGUGUUCUCCCUGACGGCGACUAUGGCAAAGACACAGUGGUGCAUUUCUGUUGUCGGUCAGAUGGAUCAGCGGAUAAACCUAUCGAACUGCCCAUGCGUGAACCGUUUUUUCUGUUGAAACACUCAAGCAGCUGUCAGGAAGUUAUGGGCAUGCGCUUUACGGAGGAAUGGGUAUUCUGGGACUGUGAAGACAAAGAAAACAAGAAUGUAGUUUCUGGAAAGUUACCAGAAUCUUUUGUGGCGAAGGAUGUAAAGCUUUAUUACUGCUACUACAUCGAAAAGUAA